AUGGAUAAAGAUGACAUGUUUAAAAAGUUAUUUAACGCAUUUAUAAAAGCUAAUCCAAGCGGUCAAAAACAAAAAAUUCAGCAUGAUUGUGUUAGUUUCUGGAAUUCAAUCAAGACUGCACCUGAUUUUGUCCGCUUGUACAACGCAAAGAAAGCUGAACUAGAGGGUACUGCUAGGAAGCGGUUAAUUUCGUCUUUUUUCUUGUCUAAAAACGAGAACAUUCCUUCCAAUUUAAAGUCAAAUGACAGCUCUUGUGGAAUAAUAAAUUCUUUUUCUUCAACUUUUUCUGCCGUUCCAUCAACUGCAAGCUGUUCAAAGUUAACUGUUUCGAAUGACAAAUGUCCAGCUCAGAAGCAACUCACGGAAGAACUGAAUAUUAUUAACGCAGAUCUAGUAGGCUUAAUGGCACGCGACAAUAUGCGCAUACUCACAGCUAAGCAGAAAGAAGAAAUGGACACUAAGAAGGCGCGUAAACGACAAAUUGAAAAGGAUAUAAUUAAAAAAAAAGCUAAUCAAGAGCGUCAGAAGAAGUUUCGUAUUGACAAGAAAGAAAUACUGCAAAAAGUUAUUGAAGAAAAUCCUGAACUUGCUAAGAAAUUAAAAACUAAAGAAAGUCCUGGGCGUCCGUCAAUAGUGAGUGAACAGCCCGAUUUGCUUAAAUCGAUAUUAGACAUUGCUGAAUUUGGCUGCUCGGCUGACGAACGAAGACGAAUGGAAACUUUGAGAUGCGUUAAAACUUUAGAUGAACUACAUAAGGAACUAUUGAAUAUGGGACUUCCAGAUCACGAUUGGGUUAUCGGCGAUCGGCAUAAGUUAAUACCAUCUGUAUACGCCGGCCUUGUAAUAUCUGAAAAAGGUUAUGGUGCAAAAGAAGCUGUAACAUACUCUGGUCCAACUUUCAUCUCAGUUCGAUCAGAAAAACAUUCUUCUUCAAAUGCAAUGAGUCAUGCAAGAGACUUCGAGAGAUUGAUGAAACUUCCUGAAUUUGAUACUAUAACGAAAACAAUGGAUCAAAAUGCAAAGCCAAUAUUCAUCUUUUUUGUUGAUGGAGGACCAGAUGAGAAUCCUAAAUAUCCACACACUAUUCAAUCCGCCAUCAGACAGUUUAAAAAGUACAAUUUAGAUACAAUAUUUAUUGCUACAAAUGCGCCAGGUCGCAGCGCAUUUAAUCAGGUUGAACGUCGAAUGGCACCUUUAAGCAGAGAAUUAAGUGGGGUAAUUUUGCUGCAUGAUUUCUACGGAAGCCACCUUGAUAUCAAUGGUAAAACAAUUGAUGAGAAGCUAGAAAUUUUAAACUUUGAACAUGCAGUGCCAGGAUCGAACAUGCUGUACAGAGCCACGAGCCCAUUUUUCAACUUUUUUCCUCAACGUUUUUUGCCAGCACCUUUGCCGCUAGUAUACAGUCCUUCUAUUUCAAUCGCAAAGUCAACUGAAGACGUAGGUAAAUUUAUGAGCUUAUUUCAAAAUGAAGCAUUUGCUAACCGUACACUCCCUUAUGAUUUUCACUGCCCAUCCGUUAGUAGUACAGUACCAACGAGAGUUUGUAUAGAUUGUGGAUUGUAUUGUGCUUCACUGGAAAUGUUGAAAUCUCACCGAAAGUCAAUCCACAAUCGUAUUGUCAAUACCAAGAAGAAGCCGAAGAAAAUCAUAAAAAAGCGGAAUGAAGAAUUGUUGGUACAGUUGGAUGAUGAUGUUGAAUGGAUGAAUAGGGAAAAUGUUGAAUGUAUUGAAGAAACAGAAGAAGAUGAGAAUCCUGUAAAUAAUGAAGUACCAAUAAUAUCUAUUCAAACUCAUUUGGAAAGUAUAUGGGAAGAAGAUUGUUGA